AUGUCUGAAAUCAAAGAUACCGGUAGCCUGGAGAUCAUUUCCAAAAGGGAAGCGGCCAACCACACCACCAAAAAGGACCUAUGGGUGAUCCUUCACAAUCAGGUCUACAACGUCACACCAUACAUUGAAGACCACCCCGGGGGUGUGUCAAUUUUAUUAGAAUCGGCCGGCCAAGACUGCACCGAGGCGUUUGAAGACAUUGGUCACAGCACUGAUGCACGAGAGGUGCUGGAGAAGUAUUUAAUCGGCAGGGUGCCGGACGAUGAACGUACCGAGACCCUUGUAAAAACUGUGGCUGAAGUUAUUCCUCAAGAUGACCGGGAGACCGAGAGCCAGAAUAUAAAUAAGAAGCACAUCCGCGUCAUGUUGCCUACGAUUUCCACGGGUCUUCUGCUCAUUACGAGCCUUAUUUGGGUUGGUGGACGAGUUAUUAGAGGAGUUUCAACUCUUCAAAGCUCGGGAGGAUUCUGGGUGGGGUUUGGAAUUUCCUCUCUUGCCAGUAUAUCAAUGGUAAUGGCGACAGGGGUGUGGUUUAACACCCUUCUCAGGAGUAAAGCGAAGGAUUCGUUCCCUACUCGCAUCAAACCCGGCAUCAGUGUUGCCAAGAGGCGAUCCAUCAAUUCUGGUGUCAUGAACCCGCGGCAAUUUCGGAGUUUCCCUCUUAUUGAAAAGCACCAAAUUUCUCCGGACACCUAUCGGUUUGUCUUUGGUCUACCUGAGCCGGGGUCUCUUCUAGGGCUACCAACAGGCCAGCAUGUCUACAUAAGACAUGAGAAUGCCAAGGGAGAGAUGGUUAGCCGGAGCUAUACACCGGUAUCCACUAAUCGCGAAAGAGGGCGCAUGGAGUUGGUGGUGAAAACUUACCCGAAUGGGUUUAUGUCUCAAUACCUUGCGAACCUUGCAAUUGGUGAUAAAGCUGAUUUUCGGGGACCUGGUGGGAAGAUGAAAUAUACUCGAUAUCUGACACGGGAAAUUGGAAUGAUUGCGGGUGGAUCAGGAAUCACGCCUAUGUUCAGUAUAAUCAAAGCCGUUUGUACGACCGAGAAGGAUAAUACGAAGAUCAGCUUAUUGUUCGCUAAUAAAACGGAAGAUGAUAUCCUUCUUCGCAAAGAACUGGAUGAAUAUGCCCAGAAGUUCCCCCACAAAUUCAAGGUGUGGUAUAUUGUAGAUACCCCUCCUCCUGCCUGGCAAUACGGCACAGGGAGGAUUGACGAGAAUUUGAUCAAAAAGCGAUUACCGAGUCCGAAUGGAGAGGACUCCAAGAUUCUUCUCUGCGGCCCCCCGGGGAUGCAAAAGGCUAUGGUGAAUACGCUGGUCGGCCUGGGAUUCCGUCGUCCUAGCGCUGUUGCACAUGUCACCGACGAGAUUUUCGUCUUUUAA